AUGCAUGUUAUUCAUAGUAGUGUGUGUGGUAGUGUCACCACUUGUGGGAGAGUGGGCGGCGCGAUCAAAGUGGGCACAACCGGCACCAUCGGUUCACUCAUGAUAAGAGAACUGGAGUCCAUCAAAGCCACACCCCAAGGAGCUGCUACCCCGCGUCUGAGACGCCAAAGUAACCCGGUUUCGGUUCCCUGUGGAGCUAGCCCUCGGAAGACCAUCCUAAGGAAGAGCUCAUCCAAUGUCGCAUGCAGCAGCAGUAGCAGCAACAACGGCAGAACCGAUCGUUCGAGUGCUGAUGAAACCAGCAAGGCAAGAAGGAGCUCUCAACGGAACAAGUCCCACUCUCCAAUGCUGCACUCAGAUGGUGUGCUAGCUGACAGAAGCCCGAACGUCGAGAAGGCGAAGAAGAAAGGAAAUUUUCAUGUUGUUGAGGUGGUUGAUGUUAGGUGCAGUAACCCGAUGAGCAGCCGUCUCCGGAAGCUCGGGUUCUCUAAGCUGUCGGAGACCUUUGCCUAGCCACGACGGAACUGAACUUAAAGCUUCUGCUGCCCUUUCCUGGAGGUCAUCUUGGGUUCUUGCAAGCCUAUGGAGGGCAUCAUACCCUGCGAUGUUUGGUGAGCCAAUCAUCCACCUGACUGCAUCUUUGUAUGUCGCGAUCUGGUUUAGGUAAGAUUUCCUUACUAGUUCUCUCCAUGGAAACUGCUUUUGUGCUCUUAUGUAUGAAACGUUAAUUCAUGAAAAGCAUUUCCCAUCAGAAGCUAAAUGUUGAUGGAUGAUAUAAUGUAAUGAUGCGCUAGUGUUUCUUUUUUCCAUCGCUGACCUGGCUUGUUUGGCGCCACCAAUCUCGACCAAACGCUUGGAUUUGGCAACAAGUCAGUGAGAGUUGUCUUUCCAUCUUGGAAUGCAAAUUUAAUGGAAAACCUUGCACUUCUGAAAUAA